AUGGGAACAAAGAUUAAGGAGAUUCCAGCUGACUCUCCAUACGCUAGAAAUGAUUUCCACGUUUUAACCGCUCCUCAAGUGGAAAAACUAUUAUCCACACACAUCAACCAGGGUUUAAACAACACGCAAAUAGCUGAAAGACUGAGCCUUGUUGGUGAAAAUACCCUUGGUGAUGAUACAAAAAUCAAUAUUAAGGGUAUUCUAAUCAGUCAAAUCUGUAAUGCCAUGAUCAUGGUGUUGAUCAUAUCGAUGGUUAUCACUCUCGCCAUUAAAGACUGGAUCUCUGGUGGUGUUCUUGCCUUUGUCGUUGGGAUCAACGUCGUCAUCGGUGCAUAUCAAGAAUAUAAUGCUUCUAAGACAAUGAACUCGUUGAAAUCGCUAUCCACUCCAUCUGCUCACGUUAUCAGAGAUGGUAAUGACAUCACCAUUCAAUCAAAGGAAUUAGUGCCGGGUGAUAUUUGUAUCAUUAAGGUCGGUGACACCGUGCCGGCAGAUUUGAGACUCUUGGAAUCAAUUAAUUUGGAAACAGAUGAAGCCUUAUUAACUGGUGAAUCGCUUCCAGUCGCCAAGUCUCAUUCUGAAGUUUACGAGAAAGAUACCCCUGUUGGUGAUCGUUUAAACCUUGCCUUUGCAGCAUCUACUGUUACCAAGGGUAGAGCUACUGGUAUUGUUAUAAAGACCGCUUUGAACACUGAAAUUGGUAAGAUUGCAAAGUCAUUGAAAUCAGAAACUUCAUUCAUCUCAAAGGAUGAAAACAAAUCAUUUGGACAAAAUUUGUGGAUCACAUUGAAAGAGACUAUCGGUUCUUUCCUUGGUACUAAUGUCGGAACUCCAUUACACCGUAAAUUGUCUCAAUUGGCUAUUUUAUUGUUCGUCGUUGCCGUUAUCUUCGCCAUUGUCGUUAUGGGUACUCAAAAAUAUAGGGUCAACAAGCAAGUUGCGAUCUAUGCCAUUUGUGUUGCUAUUUCUAUGAUUCCAUCUUCGUUGGUUGUCGUCUUGACGAUCACCAUGUCAGCAGGUGCUAAAGUUAUGGCUACGAGAAAUGUUAUUGUUCGUAAAUUGGAUUCUUUGGAAGCUUUAGGCGCUGUCAACGAUAUCUGUUCCGAUAAGACAGGUACUUUGACACAAGGUAAAAUGAUCGCUAAACAAGUUUGGAUUCCACAAUUUGGUACUAUUACUGUCCAAGAAUCCAAUGAGCCUUUCAAUCCAACCAUCGGCGAAAUUCAUUUAAUUCCUAAAUUCUCACCAUACCAAUAUAAACAUGAUGAUGAAGAAGAUGUUGGCAUUAUCCCAGACUUCAAAUCCAAGUAUUUGGCUGGUGAAUUGGGUCCACUUAAUGUUUCUCUAUUUGACCAAUGGCUCUACACUGCUACUUUAGCUAACAUCGCCACAGUGUUCCAAGACUCUGAAACUCAAGAUUGGAAGGCACACGGUGACCCUACUGAAAUCGCUAUCCAAGUCUUUGCAACUAGAAUGGACUUACCUAGACAUGUUUUAACCGGUGAGGACAAAGAUGAUGAAAAGGAUGCCCGUGCUAACAGCUCCUUUGAACAUGUGGCUGAAUUCCCAUUCGAUUCCAGUGUGAAGAGAAUGUCUGCCAUCUAUAAGAAUACCGAGGAUCCAGCAACCCCAAUUUAUGAAGUGUUCACCAAAGGUGCAUUUGAAAGAGUGUUGCAAUGUUGUGACUCCUGGUAUACCACACCUGAUGGCAAACCAUCGCCUUUGAGUAAGGAAGAUUUGGAAACCAUUCAAAAGAACGUUGACACCCUGUCUAGUGAAGGGUUAAGAGUGUUAGCCUUUGCUAAGAAAAGUUUUAACGAAUCGGAAUUCAACGCCAACAAGGAUAAACUAUUGAAGGAACGUGACUUUGUCGAAUGUAAAUUAACAUUUUUAGGGUUGAUCGGUAUUUAUGAUCCACCAAGACAAGAAUCACUUGCCGCUGUUAAAAAAUGUCAUCAAGCUGGAAUCAAUGUGCAUAUGUUAACAGGUGACUUCCCUGGUACUGCCAAGUCCAUUGCUCAAGAAGUUGGUAUCUUACCUCAUAACUUAUACCAUUAUCCAAAGGAAGUGGUAAAUUUCAUGGUUAUGGCCGCAACUGAUUUCGAUGCUUUAAGUGAUCAAGAAAUUGAUGAUUUACGUGUUUUGCCUUUAGUCAUUGCUCGUUGUGCCCCACAGACCAAGGUCCGUAUGAUUGAGGCAUUACAUCGUAGAAGCAAGUUCUGUGCCAUGACAGGUGAUGGUGUUAACGAUUCACCAUCAUUGAAAAUUGCUAACGUUGGUAUUGCUAUGGGUAUUAAUGGUUCUGAUGUUGCCAAGGAUGCAUCUGACAUCGUUUUGAGUGACGAUAACUUUGCAUCUAUUUUGAACGCUGUUGAAGAAGGUAGAAGAAUGAGUGAUAAUAUCCAAAAAUUCGUCUUACAACUUUUGGCAGAGAAUGUGGCACAAGCUUUAUACUUGAUGGUUGGUUUAUGUUUCGUUGAUAAAGAAGGUUUCUCUGUGUUCCCAUUGUCACCUGUCGAAGUGUUGUGGAUUAUUGUCGUUACCUCAUGUUUCCCAGCUAUGGGUCUUGGUUUAGAGAAGGCCAGUGUUGACGUUAUGGAAAAGCCACCAAAGGAUGCCAAGGCUGUUGUUUUCACCUGGGAAGUCAUUAUUGAUAUGCUUGUAUACGGUGUCAUCAUGGCAGCAUGUUGUAUGGCAUGUUUCGUUACCGUGCUCUAUGGUACCGGUGAUGGUAACUUGGGUUCUGACUGUAACGAUGCACUUGGUGAAACGUGUCACUUGGUUUUCAGAGGCCGUGCUGCAGCAUUUGCAACAAUGACUUGGUGUGCAUUGAUUUUAGCCUGGGAAGUUGUCGACAUGAGAAGAUCAUUCUUCAUGAUGAACCCUGAAAGUGAAACACCAUACACUCAAGUGUUCAAGGACAUCUGGAGCAAUCAAUUCUUGUUUUGGUCCAUUGUUGGUGGGUUCUGUUCCGUGUUCCCAGUGGUUUAUAUCCCAGUAAUCAACGACAAAGUGUUCUUACAUUACAAUAUCAGUUACGAAUGGGGAUUCGCAAUCGGAUUUAGUUUCGCAUUCUGGGCAGGCGUUGAAUUAUACAAAUAUGGUAAGAGACAUUACUUCGGCAUCAAGGACAGAGUCGACAAUCCAGAAAAUGAUUUAGAAAAGAGAGCAGUGCACGAUCCGUUCGAACAAUACACUACUUCCUUCUCCAGAAUGAAUACUUUUCACAACGACGAGAAGACUAUCUGA